GGGGCUCGGCUUUGCCGCGCUUGGUGCACUUGGGCGAGAGCUGGAACGUGGAACGGAGCUGAGAUCCUAGCGCUGCCAUCGCAAUGAGAGGCGCUCCCGGCGCCUGGGAUUUUCUCUGCGUCCUGCUCCUCCUGCUCGGCCUCCAGACAGGCUCUUCUCAACCAUCUGUGAGUCCAGGGGGACUGUCUCCACCAUCCAUCCAUCCAGCAGAAUCAGAGUUAAUAGUCAAUGCUGGCGACGAGAUUAGGCUGGUAUGCACUGAUCCAGGGUUUGUCAAAUGGACUUUUGAGACCCUGGGUCAGCAGAGCGAGAAAGUGCACAAUGAGUGGAUCACGGAGAAAGCAGAGGCCACCAACACGGGCAAUUACACGUGCACCAACGAGGACGGCUUGGGCAGCUCCAUUUACGUGUUCGUUAGAGAUCCUGCAAAGCUUUUCCUUGUGGACCUUCCCUUGUAUGGGAAAGAAGGCAAUGACACGCUGGUCCGCUGUCCUCUGACUGACCCAGAAGUGACCAAUUACUCCCUUAAGGGGUGCGAGGGGAAGCCUCUCCCCAAGGACUUGACAUUCGUCGCGGAUCCCAAGGCCGGCAUCACCAUCAGAAACGUGAAGCGCGAGUACCAUCGGCUCUGCUUGCACUGCUCCGCGGACAAGAAGGGCAAGUCGGUGCUGUCAAAGAAGUUCACCCUGAAAGUGAGGGCAGCCAUCAGAGCUGUCCCCGUUGUGUCCGUGUCCAAAGCAAGCUACCUUCUUAGGGAAGGGGAAGAGUUUACAGUGACAUGCUCGAUAAAAGAUGUGUCUAGUUCUGUGGACUCACUGUGGAUAAAGGAGAACAACCAGCAAACCAAAGCACAGGUAAAGAGUAAUAGCUGGCAUCAGGGUGACUUCAAUUUUGUGCGUCAGGAAAGGUUGACUAUCAGCUCGGCAAGAGUGAAUGAUUCUGGAGUGUUCAUAUGUUAUGCCAAUAAUACUUUUGGAUCAGCAAAUGUCACAACAGCCUUGGAAGUCAUAGAUAAAGGAUUUAUUAAUAUCAUCUCAAUGGCAAAUACGACAGUAUUUGUAAAUGAUGGAGAAAAUGUAGAUCUGACUGUUGAAUAUGAGGCAUACCCGAAACCCGAACGCCAACAGUGGAUGUAUAUGAACAAAACCUUCGCCGACAAGUGGGAAAAUUAUCCCAAGUCUGAGAAUGAAAGUAAUAUCAGAUAUAUAAGUGAACUUCAUUUAACCAGAUUAAAAGGGACCGAAGGAGGCACGUACACAUUUCUAGUGUCCAAUUCUGACGUCGAUUCCUCCGUGACAUUUAAUGUUUACGUGAACACAAAACCAGAAAUCUUGACUCUGGAGGGGCUGGUGAACGGCAUGCUCCAGUGCGUGGCGGCAGGGUUCCCGGAGCCCACCAUAGAUUGGUAUUUUUGCCCAGGAUCUGAGCAGAGGUGUUCUGUUCCCGUCGGGCCAGUGGAUGUGCAGAUACAGAACUCCUCUGUGUUGCCAUUUGGAAAGCUAGUGGUUCAAAGUUCCAUCGACUACAGUGCAUUCAAGCUCAAUGGCACGGUCGAGUGUAGGGCUUACAAUGAUGUGGGCAAGAGUUCUGCCUUUUUAAACUUUGCAUUUAAAGGUAACAGCAAAGAACAAAUCCAUUCCCACACCCUCUUCACACCUUUGCUGAUUGGUUUUGUGAUUGCCGCCGGUAUGAUGUGCAUUAUUGUGAUGAUUCUUACCUACAAAUAUUUACAGAAACCCAUGUACGAAGUGCAGUGGAAGGUUGUCGAGGAGAUAAAUGGGAACAAUUAUGUUUACAUAGACCCAACGCAACUUCCUUAUGAUCACAAAUGGGAGUUUCCCAGAAACAGGCUGAGCUUUGGGAAAACCUUGGGGGCUGGCGCCUUUGGGAAGGUUGUUGAGGCCACCGCUUAUGGCUUAAUUAAGUCGGAUGCAGCCAUGACUGUUGCUGUGAAGAUGCUCAAACCAAGUGCCCAUUUAACAGAACGAGAAGCCCUAAUGUCUGAACUCAAAGUCUUGAGUUACCUCGGUAACCAUAUGAAUAUUGUGAAUCUUCUUGGAGCAUGCACCAUUGGAGGGCCCACCCUGGUCAUUACAGAGUAUUGUUGCUAUGGUGAUCUUUUGAAUUUUUUGAGGAGAAAACGUGAUUCAUUUAUUUGCUCAAAGCAAGAAGAUCACGCAGAAGCAGCACUUUAUAAGAACCUUCUGCAUUCAAAGGAGCCUUCCUGUAACGAUAGCACCAAUGAGUACAUGGACAUGAAACCCGGAGUUUCUUAUGUUGUACCGACCAAGGCAGACAAAAGGAGAUCAGCGAGAAUAGGCUCAUACAUAGAAAGAGAUGUGACUCCCGCCAUCAUGGAGGAUGACGAGUUGGCCCUGGACCUGGAAGACUUGUUGAGCUUUUCUUACCAGGUGGCAAAGGGUAUGGCCUUCCUGGCCUCGAAGAACUGUAUUCACAGAGACUUAGCAGCCAGAAACAUCCUCCUUACUCAUGGUCGAAUUACAAAGAUUUGUGAUUUUGGCCUAGCCAGAGACAUCAAGAAUGACUCUAAUUAUGUGGUCAAAGGAAACGCUCGGCUGCCUGUGAAGUGGAUGGCACCUGAAAGCAUAUUCAACUGUGUGUACACAUUUGAAAGUGACGUCUGGUCCUAUGGGAUUUUUCUGUGGGAGCUGUUCUCUUUAGGAAGCAGCCCCUACCCUGGAAUGCCGGUCGAUUCUAAGUUCUACAAGAUGAUCAAGGAAGGUUUCCGAAUGCUGAGCCCUGAGCACGCACCUGCUGAAAUGUAUGACAUAAUGAAGACUUGCUGGGAUGCCGACCCCCUAAAGAGGCCGACAUUCAAGCAGAUCGUCCAGCUGAUUGAGAAGCAGAUUUCGGAGAGCAGCAAUCAUAUUUAUUCCAACUUAGCAAACUGGAGCCCCAACCAGGAGAACGUGGUGGUGGACCAUUCUGUGCGGAUCAAUUCCGUGGGCAGCAGCGCCUCAUCCACCCAGCCUCUGCUUGUUCACGAAGACGUCUGAAGCAGAACACGUGUGAGGGGUCUCCCCAGCACAGCGAUCCCCGUUCUUCUGGUUUCUAUGACUAUUUUUUUCGACUAGCAUCCUACUCCAGGAUAAUGGACACCCCCCCUGUAAUCCCGUCUUUAUGAGCACACUUUAGUGGCUGAUGGUUUUUGUCAUCAGCCCCCACCCCUUUGCCAGGGUUCAAACUGCAUAUAUUCUCAAUAGCAGAGUAGCUGCUGGUAAUGAAACAUAAUUCUGAGUUGGAGAAAGGGAGACUGGGAUAGACCAUAGACACCUUGAGCCCUUUCUGAGCCUUCUCUAUUUCUGUUUGAAAAGUGUGGUUGAUAGUUUAUUUGAAUAAAUGGCAGUAGUCACCUUCGGCCCUCGUAACCAUCCAUAAUGAUGUGAUGGUGUAGCAAGAUUAGACGCUGAAAGCUAAGCCCUUGAUGUGGAAAAUAGAAUGUUAUUAGGACAAAGGUCAGGAGUCUAUGAAUAUCUGAGCUUAAGAACUCUAUUUCAUGCUGGGAAUGAGACAUAGACCAUGAAAAACUGCUGCUCCCCGAGCAUGAAUGAAGACUAGCCACUGAGCAUGAGCCUUUGUGCUACUGACCUGCUUUCUCAUCAGUUUGUUGUUGGGGAGUGAAGUGGAGACAGGUCCUCCCCAGCCUGCAUCUGUAUAUACCCAUCCUGCAGUGUAUGUGUUCAUGUGUCUGAGGGGGGAAACCCACAAGGUGUCGUUUCUGGAUACAACUCAGGCUCAAGUCUGCUGUAUGUAGGAAUAGAUGAAGAGCCAGGCAAGUUUGAAGGACAUAGUUAGUGCUGAGAGGGAGAGAGAGAACAUAAUUGUCAAGUACAGUUUUAACAAAAGUCUCCUCUUGUCGCCAAUGAACUUGCUCAUAGAUUGUCCAGAACAAGCCUACUAGCUUCACAAUGACAUUGUGUUCAAUAGAUUUGAUACCAUUUGAAAAGAUCUACUGCAUGGCUCUGGCAGGAGUGAGAAAACAGUGCUGUCUUAGUUUGGAGCAGGAAAUAAAAUUGAGAUUCAGCCUCCUUUGCAGGCAUGUCCUGGACACUGGGCCAGUAUCUAUGUGUGUGUAUGUGUGCACGUGUGUGUAUGCCUAUAGAGAAAUCUUUUCGGGGGGCAUUCUUGCCCUGAGACCACGAGGGUCCUUCAGUACCCAAAAAGUAGCUUGGCUUUCGCUAUUCAUGCUGCUCUUGAUUCCCUUCACGUAGCUGUCCCAAGAAGCUUACCCAAAGCUUACAUAGAGGCGUGUAGGACAUGCAGUGCCUAAGGACUUAUUUAUUUGCAAUCCACCUGCACUUAAGGCACUCGGUUAUUUAUACUCAGCAUACUGUACUCGUUCCUUAGACCUUACUAAUGCUACUCUCCCACUGAAACGUAUUUAAAUUGUACCCUUUAGGUUGUAGCCUGGAUAUUAUUCUUAGAGUUUACCUUCUUUGUCAUCACUGCCAAACUAUAAGAGGUCCCUGUGUACAUGGCAAGGUCUGUGUGUUGUCUUGCAAGAUUCAGGUAUGCCGCCUUCACGGUUUCCCCUCCCAGGUCCCUUAGAUGACAUUUAGAGAACUGUGGCCAUUUAUCUGGAAGUAACCAUUUGCACUGGAGUUCUAUGCUCUCGCACCUUUCCAAAGGUAACAGGUUUUGGGGCUUUUUUUUUUUUGGUCAACAAAAGAGAUUGUCACUGUUUGCCAUACUUUGAAAAAUUUUUUUGCGUUUCUGUUGACUUUGAUUAGAGUAAGAAAAGUGAUCGUUAACUGUAGAUGUCUAGGUACUUCAGGGGCACUUCACUGAGAGUUUUGUCUUGGGUAUUCUUGAAAGUUUAUAUUUUUAUAAUUUUUUUUUUACAUCAGAUGUUUCUUUGCAGUGGCUUAAUGUUUGAAAUUAUUUUGUGGCUUUUUUUGUAAAUAUUGAAAUGUAGCAAUAAUGUCUUUUGAAUAUCCCCAAGCCCAUGAGUCCUUGAAAAUAUUUUUUAUAUAUACAGUAACUUUAUGUGUAAAUAUGGAAGCAGUGCAAGUUUAACGAAUGUCGGUGUUCCAUGUGUGUUUUUCCUGAUAUGUUGUCCACUUGUUGACAGUUCUGAAGAAUUCUAAUAAAAAUGUAAAUAUAUAAAUCAA